CGUCAAAGUAUCAAUCAUCAGGUCAACGAUGGAGUGGAUGUAUCGCGAAGAACCCUCGUCUGCUUAAGUGGUUUCAUUAUUCUAUCUUCCAAGAGCAUGUCGUAUGUUAUAUCUCCGCCGUCCCCGACGUCCUGGUGACAAUGCUUGAUUUCAUGGACUAUAUCCAAGUCGCUUUCGCCGAUGCGACCAACUGGAAUCGCGAUAAUUCCUAUUCUUCGCUGACGGCUACUGCACAGUCUCUGCUAGACUUCUCCACCCCUGAGCGUUUGCGCGUACAUCUCUCAUCGCUGUCCACGCCUCAAUUCGCAACGACAUAUACACUAGGCACUGUUGGGUUGAUAGACGGUUCCGUGUCAUAUCUUUUCAGCACUCUCCCUCUCAAUGGCACACCCAGCAAAAGCGCUCUGAUUCCCCUGCGGAAACUUGUUCCGGGCUACCGUCAGGUUCAGUCACCAGUUGCGCCGGUCCGUGACUGGGGUUGGGAUGCUUUGCUGGAGGGAAGUAUACCAGUGAGCAAGGAAGAGGAGGCCCAGAAAAAGGCGACUCUGCUCCAUGCGACGCUACACCUACCACCUCCGUCGACGCUCAAUGCGCUGUUCCUCCGCCGGCUGUCUCCCACGACGCAGCUGUCUCUCGCGCUAUGUUCGACCCGUGGACCUCCGAUGUCGAAAUCUGCGCCGCAGGCAUCUGUCCUCGCACAACUGUCUCACGACACCGGAAAAUACAGCAAUGAAUACCUCUUCAGCACCGACAAUACUCUAUUCGGUUGGAGGGGGCUAUGGAACUUCGGCCCCGACCCGCGAGAGAAGAAGAAGCAUGGGUCGUCGCCGACCCCCCUAUCGCUUCUCUCUGCCGGUGGAGAGGCUUAUUACUCUCCCGUAUCGUCCUUGGUGGGCAUGUCCACCGGUCUGAGAUUCAGCACUCUCCCUGCAGCAACCGACGGCACAGGAUCGUCAUCAUCCCCGAUCUCGACUUUUCCUUACACACUGACUUUGACCCUAACGCCGCUGACGGGCUCUCUGUCCACCACCUAUUCGCUUCGCGCCUCUCCCAACCUGGCCUUCAGCUCUCGUUUCGGCUUCAACGUCUACAGCUGGGAAAGCGAAAUGGUAGCUGGCUGUGAACUGUGGCGACGAACGCGCCGGGUCCCUCCUCCACCUGAAGACGAUGGUCUCGAAUGGGCUCGGCCCCCUGUGGCCGUCAUGUCGCCCACACUCUCCGGUGCAACAGUAAUGCCAGACGACCAAAGUCCUCCUCAUAGUCAAGAAGAAGAGACAGAAUCCGUGGUCAAGAUCCGCGUCGAUCAGUCCUGGAACGUGCGCAUUCUAUGGGAAGGCCGCGUGAAGGACCUCCUCGUCAGUGCUGGAGUCGGGCUUGGUCCUGGUUCGUUUUCCAUCUCCCCGUCUACUCCGCCGUCGCCAUCGUAUGCUGGUGGUUCGGCUAGUGGGCAGAGCGCAGGCGGUGGUGCACCGGGUAUGUCGUAUUGGCGGGGUGUUGGGGUGUCGGUCUUGUAUGCUUCGUGAGGCAGGACUAGAUACUACGUAACCGAAGGUGGAAGGCCGUCACAUCACAGUCUGAAUUCCUCUUUUCAUUAUUCUUAUUAUCUCUCGCUUUCUUAGCAUACAGACAUUGAGAUACAUUGUCAUUUAGUUACGGCAAAUAAACUAGAUUACGAAUGUUUAUAAACGUGGUUAU